AUCUAUUCACGAACUAUGGAUAAGAUGUCGUUCAUAACCUUAGUCUGUACUUGACUCAUAGAAAAGUAUAAGUAUUAUUUUAGUGUAUGAAAAAAAUUAUGUUGAAUAAAAAUUUUACAAUCAUACAUAUGAUAAAGGAACAAGAAAGAUAGUUCAUGGAGAAAGAAUGCACUUCUAGGAUGAAUUUUACAUUUUUAAUUUAAUUUUCAAUAUGCAUAAAUUUAAUACGCUGAAUUCUUCAAAGUUAUCAUUAGGACGUUUUUAUUCCAGUAGAUCAAAUAUUAAAUCAUCAAAAAACCAUUAUGAUACAUUAAAGAUUACGCCACAUGCUACCCAGAAUGAAGUGAAAUCAGCAUAUUAUAAAUUAUCUCUUGAAUAUCAUCCUGAUAAAAAUAAAAGCGGAUAUGCAAAACAGAAAUUUCAUGAUAUCUCAGAGGCCUAUGAAGUACUUGGCAAUCAUGAACUGCGUAAGAAUUACGAUCGAGAUAUAAUGAUUCAUCAACCAUCAAGUUCUACUACUGCUCAAGAGUCUACAGUUCACAAUAAAGACAAGGUCUAUUCAGGAAGUUCAAGAAAUUAUAAUUUUGAUGCAUGGAUGCAUGCCCAUUAUGGGGAACAACUGCAUAGAUAUCGUAUAAGAAGAAACAUAUAUGAGCAACAUAAAGCGACGGAAGAAUUACGUCGCGGCGAAAAUUCUUCUCAAAUCGUACAAUAUAUCCUAUUGUUGGUGACUUUAAUGUUAGCCUUUAAGUAUUCGCAAGAAAAGGUAGAUGUGCCAGUUUCUGAAAAUAAAAAAGAUAUAGAAAAAAAUAAUAAGAGAAACUAA